AUGAGAAAACAGGUCUACCAGUUGGCCCUCUCUUCCCUUUGCCUCUUAGACAUGAGUCAGGCUCUACGUUCCCGCCGGAACCUUUCCCUGCGGCACCGAGAGGACCAGAUACCGGAAGCGGAAGAGCGCGACCUCGGUCGCCAGCAGUUUGGUAGCGCUCCUGCUCGGGUGGAAGAGCCUCGGGACGUCCUGUCGCCGGGGCGCCGCGGCCGCCGACGCUUCCUUCGCGAUCCCGGCCAGGCGGCCGCCGCCGCUUUUUGGCCGCUGACCAGCGAGAGCGGACUUGCGUCCCUCGGCGCGGGAACAGGUAACAUCGCGGGACCCCUGGCGGAGCAAACAGAUAAGCCUUAUAAGUGUCAGGAAUGUGGAAAAGCCUUCAGCUACUCCUCAGCUCUCAGUAUUCAUCAAAGAACACACAGUGCAGAGAAACCUUACGAAUGUCAGGAAUGUGGGAAAACCUUCAGUUACUCCUCAUCCCUCACUACACAUAUGCGAACUCACAGUGGAGAGAGGCCUUAUGAAUGUAAGGAAUGUGGGAAAACCUUUAGUUGUUCCUCAUCUCUCAACACACACAGAAGAACUCACAGUGGAGAGAGGCCAUAUGAAUGUAAGGAAUGUGGGAAAACCUUUAGCCAGUCAUCACACCUCACUACACAUAUAAAAACUCAUAAUGGGCUGAGGCCAUAUGAAUGUAAGGAGUGUGGGAAAGCAUUUAGUUGUUCCUCAUCCCUCACUCAACAUGUAAGAACUCACAGUGGAGAGAUGCCUUAUAAAUGUAAGGAAUGUGGGAAAGCAUUCAGGUGUUCCUCACACCUCACUCAGCAUGUAAGAACUCACAGUGGAGAGAGGCCUUAUGAAUGUGGGGAGUGUGGGAAAGUCUUUCGUUAUUCUUCAGCCCUCACUAAGCAUAAAAGAACUCACAGUGGAGAGAAACCUUAUGAAUGUAGGGAAUGUGGGAAAGCUUUUAGUUGUUCCUCAUACCUCACACUUCAUAGAAGAAUUCACAGUGGAGAGAGACCGUAUGAAUGUAAAGAAUGUGGGAAAGUCUUUGGGCAAGCCUCAAACCUCACCACACAUAGAAGGAUUCACAGUGGAGCCAGGCCUUAUGAAUGUAAGCAGUGUGGGAAAGCCUUUACCUUCAGUUGUUGCUCAUCCCUCACUGUACAUACAAGAACUCACAGUGGAUUGAGACCUUAUAAAUGUAAGGAAUGUGGGAAAGCCUUUAGGUGUUCCUCACACCUCAGUACACACAGACGAACUCACAGUGGAGAGAGGCCUUAUGAAUGUAAGCAAUGUGGGAAAGCAUUUAGGUGUUCGUCACACCUUGCUAAACAUAGAAGGCUUCACAGUGGAGACGACUUAUGA